AUCACGUCCUAUGUUACAAUGUAUAAGCUCCCAACAAACACGGGCUUGGUUGAAUUUGAACACAGAAUUCAAUUCAACUCUUUCCCGCAAAGAAACUCGCGCAAAAUCUUAACACUCUAAUCAAUUCUAAACAUUAAAUUAAACUACAAAUCAAGUUCAAUUCAAUUUCACUUCUCUUUUUCCAAAAACCCUAGAGAGAGAGAGAGAGAGAGAGAGGAACCAUGUCUGAUGCGUUCUGCACCGAUUGCAAGCGCCAAACGGAGGUGGUGUUCGACCACUCGGCGGGGGACACGGUGUGUUCCGAGUGCGGCCUCGUACUCGAAUCUCACUCCAUCGACGAAACCUCGGAGUGGAGAACCUUUGCCAACGAGUCCGGCGACAACGACCCUGUCCGUGUCGGCGGUCCCACCAACCCGCUCCUCACUGACGGCGGUCUCUCUACCGUCAUCGCCAAGCCUAACGGCGCCUCCGGCGAGUUCCUCUCCUCCUCCCUCGGCCGCUGGCAGAACCGUGGCUCCAACCCUGAUCGCAGCUUGAUCCUCGCCUUCAAAACCAUUGCCACCAUGUCCGAUAGGUUGGGACUCGUUGCAACCAUCAAGGAUCGGGCUAAUGAGAUAUAUAAACGGGUUGAAGAUCAGAAGUCUAGUAGAGGAAGAAAUCAGGAUGCUUUAUUGGCUGCUUGCCUCUACAUUGCUUGUCGACAAGAAGACAAGCCACGCACUGUAAAGGAAAUUUGUUCUGUUGCCAAUGGAGCCACUAAGAAGGAAAUUGGCCGAGCAAAAGAAUACAUAGUGAAACAACUGGGUUUGGAGAAAGGUCAAUCUGUUGAGAUGGGGACAAUACAUGCUGGGGACUUUAUGAGACGUUUUUGUUCUAAUCUUGGUAUGAAUAAUCAAGCUGUUAAAGCUGCUCAGGAAGCUGUUCAGAAAUCAGAAGAAUUUGAUAUAAGGAGGAGUCCCAUAUCAAUUGCGGCAGCAGUUAUAUACAUAAUAACUCAACUUUCUGAUGAUAAAAAACCUCUUAAAGAUAUAUCAGUUGCCACAGGAGUUGCAGAAGGAACCAUUAGGAACUCGUACAAAGAUCUCUUUCCCCAUGUUUCAAAAAUAAUACCAAACUGGUAUGCAAAGGAAGAGGAUUUGAAGAACCUAUGCAGCCCUUAAAACAAAGUAAUAGAGGCGACAUUUAACAACUUAGAUGCCAUUGGGACGUGCUGUUCUGUAUGUACUGAACUGUUUUAUACUUUUGUUCAAAAUGAAAAUGCCUCCUUCAUUAUUAUUUAUUUUCUGUUUGGCAUUUUCCUUGUAGUUAACUGUACCAUUCAUUUUGGUUCACCCUCCCAAUGUGAGAAUUCCUGGGAGAGGGACCGUUCAUGUAGAAAAUUUGCUCAACCUUAAUGAAAGUAAGCUUAUUUUGCAUACUUGCGU